AUCACAGGCAUAUAGUUAUAGUUAAACCCUACACUCUCUGCUCAGUUUGUGCUUGUUAGCCCAAGGUGCUGAAAGAUAUCAAACACAAACUAAUGCAGAAAAACACAUAAUGACUCCAGUAGUAUAGAAAAUAAUUUGAAGUAUAACAGUUAAGGUAAAGUAUUGUCACAUAAUUUAGAAAAAUUAGAGAAUGUAGCCCUGAAUGAGAGUUUUCUGUUAGACAUUAUUGAAUAUAAUGAAAACUAAAAAGCAAGAAGCCUAUAUCUCAAGAAGCAGAACAGACAAUUAUUUAGGAGGAGGUUAAGGAUAACUCAGAUUCUAUCUGGUUAUGGAUGUCUUUAUAUGUAUUUUCUUCUAAUAUUUUUCUAUCCAUUUCACUUUAUGCAGAAACAAGAUUAUAAAUCCAACAUGAUACUUAACAGAAUGAAGAUAUUAUACAUAUAUUUAAUCAAGUACAUGAUUAUUGUAGGAUUCAUUGUACAGUGUAUCCAACCUGCUUUCGCAGCGGCAACUAAAAAAAGAGUGCAUGUAACUGAACCCCCCAAGCAAAUUACUGUGAAUGCCAGUCACUUGGAAGAGGGAAAAGGAAACAGUACAGAAAAUAAAUACAACUAUAAAGUAUUUAUUAUUGCACUAAUUGUGAUGGUAUUAAUUGGAUUGCCAGGAGCAGCUGGAUGGUUUCUAUAUUACAGACUGAAGAAGAAGAAUGCAAUCAAUGAUAUAGAAAAGGCAACAGAGGAAUCACAGGCUAAGCCUACUAUGUCUAGAAUCACUUCAUGGCUCACUGAAAACUGUCCCCUUGCCUUUAUAAGGCAUCUUUAUGACAGACUAAAAAUCACAUCAUGGUUCUCAGCAAAACUUGAGCUGCUCAGGCUUCUUUAUCACAAACUAAGGAAAAGGAAGCCAAUUGAUGACGAAGAAAAGGCCAUAGAGAAAUCUCAGCCUAAGCCAUCUACCACUUUGAGGAGUAAAGACAAGAAGAAGAAGAAGAAAAAGAAGAAGAAAAAAGCUCCUGUGAAUAAACCUAUGGAGGAGGCAUCUGAAGCGCCUCUCACAAAGCAAUGCACAGAUGAUACAGUGCAAUCUGAUCAAGGCCCUCAACCACUUUCAAUGCCUAAAGAAAAUGUCGGUAUCACCAGUGUGAUACAAUCUGCGGAACAGGAACACGAGGAAUCAGCCAGUGUUUCUUUGCCGCCUAUUAUUCCAGAGGUUUCCAAACCUGCUGUGGAAAAUGAGAAAGAAACUUGCUCCAAAGUUAAAUAUAAGAGGGUAAUAGUCUUGACGUGGAUAGAAGAGAUCACAGAUGAUGAGGAUGAUGAAGAAUCAACUCAUCAAAUUAAAGAAUGCCAGAAAGAGAUUCCUGUGGCUCUUGAACCUAAAAUGAGGGAGGUAACGGAACCAAAGAAGGACCCACAGUUACCUGUUUCUACUGUAAAGCCUAAAACCACUCCAGAUGGUUUAAAGGCAAGUAAGAAGCUCAAGAAAACUGUGAAACAUGAAGCAACAGAUAUAAAACCUAAACCUGAGAAUCCAAUUCAGGACAAACUGCCUGUUUUUCCUGAAUGCCAGGAACUUCCUAAGCCUAAUUGCGCGUCUCAGGUCUUAAAGGAUAUGAUGAGAAAUCAUCUUGGAACAGAUAAGGACCUAGAUCCAGAGACUGAAUGGAAAAGAAUUUUGAAGGGCAAUGGAAAAGGCUAUCAGCAGAAGCUGGAAUCCAAGGUCAAGAUAUCACCGAUGUUAGCUAAAGAGUUGCAAGAAAAUUUCCAGAAACAUCGUGCGUCAAAGACUGCCAUUUGCACUGGUGUAGGCUCUUCUGACGCGCUGCUUGCACACCCGGAAGAGAUACCUGGGGCUUAUAGAACUACACUAGCCCGAACUUACAUAGCACCAAGAGAUAAGCCGAUCGUAUCGCGUGAAAUGCUUCAACAAACUAUAGAGGAUAGGCAGUCCACUAGAACUCAGAAUCAACAUGAAGUAACUCAUGUGGCAACUCCAGUCAGCUCUCCUCAGCAACAGAUGGAAGAGCCAAACAUCAGAACACAUAAGGACCUAGAUCCAGAGACUGAAUGGAAAAGCAUUUUGAAGGGCAAUGGAAAAGGCUAUCAGCAGAAGCUGGAAUCCAAGGUCAAGAUAUCACCGAUGUUAGCUAAAGAGUUGCAAGAAAAUUUCCAGAAACAUCGUGCUUCAAAGACUGCCAUUUGCACUGGUGCAGGCUCUUGUAGCUCUGCUUCUAUACCCGGAAGAGAGACAUAGAGCUUAUAGAACUACACUGUGAGUUUCUAAAACCUCUGAGCUUAAAAUGUGACAUUUAGUGAUACUUGUUACACACAAAUUACAUAGAGAUGGGAAUAUUUAGGUUUGGUUGUUUAAAUAAAUGGAUCUGUUUUACAUAACUUGGAUCCUCUGGGUGGGACUGAAGCUAAAACUAGAAUGACUUAUGGGGUUAAUACUAUGUCUAAUGAAAGAGACCAAAGAUCUUGCAUCUUAGCUCAGACUCUUACAUCGCUGUUCAUGCUUCUGAUGUAUGUGUCGUUUUGUUUAGACACCCUUGGGCAAUCUUUAUGGUCAUACCUUUCUUUUGCAAAAUGAUAGAAGUGAAGAUUGCCAGUAUUUGGAUAUUUUUCACAUGAACUGGACACCUCACAGGUUUUUAAAAAACCUAAACCUGGCCAGUUCUCAGUUAAAUAAUAAUCAGAUGAAUAAUUUUGGUCAAGUCAUGAGCAAUAAGCAGGGAACUUGGCCUGGAGCAGCUGAGUUGCCAGUUAAUGUCAAUUUCUGUAUGGCCAGGUUAAGCCAACACCUUUUAUAAAACUGUCUGAAGUGCCAUUGCUAAGCAUCAAUUAUGAUUGUGGCCUCUAUGUAAUUGAUUGAGUUUGAACUAAUAAAGUACUGUAAUUCAGAAAGAUAUGGAAGGCUAUUGGUUCCAAAGACUUGCUGUUAAGAAGAAAAACUCAUAAACAAUAAUGAGGCAAAUGACUUACUUUGCACCAUGUUGGCCAGUGCAUAGAGAACUCGAAGGUGGAAUACGAGCUGCAGUUUUGUGUUGGCCCUAAUAAGCGCAACAAUAGAAAUACGGCUUUUAAUUUGAAAACAUUUCAGCAUUCAUCUCAGCAGUUUCUUUAUAUUAGCUAAAACAUUUAUGGAGUAAAAUGAAGAAGCUGCUUGAAUGACGGCUGACAUUUUUAAAAGACUGAUUAGCAAGUCUUAGUUGCUUUAACUGGAAAACAUAGUAACAUAGUAAGUUGGGUUGAAA